AUGGAGCCCGCAUCCCAGGCAUCAUGGCAUCCUGCCUUUAUGCCCAACUCAACCGCAGAGGCAGCCGCACUGAAUGCCCCCGAAUCCCUAGACUCGAGUCCGCAACCAGCACCGGACCCCAGUCUCGAGUACGAGUCCGACGCGCCUGCGCCUGCGUCAUUUACCGACGAAGUCCAAGGUGCUGACGGGACGGGAAACGUAGAUGAGGAGACACAGGGAAAUGAUGCCCAUCCGGAGCUUGGGGACUUGCGAGAUGCGCUCACCACGUCGCUGGCCAGCCCGGGGGGCGUAGAGCUGGACGAGAACUUGUGGCACCAGAGCGCCGAGGAGACGCCGACCAUGGAUCAGGAGAGAGGCGACUUCCCUUCGAAUGGACCUCACGAUGCGAGUAAGCGUAUGAGCACGCUGUCUUUCGCGAGAACAGUUUCGGAAGAGGUCGGUUGGGGAGAGGAGGAUGAUGUCGAUUCGCAAUGGAACAUGCAGAGCCCGGACAACGACCCUUUCAAAUCGAUGGUCCAAACAGACAGGACAAACUCGUUCCCUGCGGUGCCACCGGCACCAUCGACGGGUUUCAAUUCUUACGGACAGCAGCUGGCCCACAGCCAGGCCGAGGAUAUUAUGAAUGGGGUUGAGCAGGAGUUAGCCGAGGAUCUAUUUCAAGAGAAGGAAAAUGUCCCUGUGACCGAGCCUUCCGUCCAUAGUCCCACAAAACCAGAGGGCUUCCAGUACUUUACGCAACAUGAAGAAGUGGACGACAGUGAGCUACAGUUACCAGAUUAUGGGCAGACUUAUGGGGGAAACGUCAGGCCGGAAGAAGACCAAGAUGCCGAAGCUCGCUUCGCAGAAGGCCUUCCCUUGGUCCAACACGAGAAUGAGUACAUGCCAACCCAGUCGUCAAUCACGAGUGAUCCCUUUGCAACAGCCGAUGCGAACGAGGAGGACUUUUUCGCCCAAGUUAAUAAAGUGAACAACGAAGCAGAAGCGUCGAUAGUUCCACCGCCUCUGGAGAGAAAAUCCACAACGCAAGUUCUAGAUUCUUUGCAUUAUCAGACCCAUGCGCAAACUCACCAGGCUAUUGCGGAAGAAGGUGCUAUCGAGAGCUCCAAUGUUUCAGUGGAACCAUCUACUGGCGGGGGAGUUGCUGCCUUAUCAAGCACGGUUCUCUCACCCGGACUUGGUGACACUGAAGCCGUCACUCAUGAUCAGUCGGAGCCACUGGAUGCGGAUGAAGGAGAUCUUGCAGCGAAGUGGGAAGCAGCCUUGGCUGGUGAUGAAUUCCUGGCCGACGACGACGAUGAACUUUUGCCUGAUGAUGAUGAGCCGACGGAAACCGCGGGCUUUGACCCGGCGGCAAUUUUCGGGAGUGACGAUGAAGGGUUUUUGGAUGAUAACGAUGAGACUACGAAUGCCGUGGUUUCACAGAAGGCGAACCCCCCUCUUCCAGCACCAGGAUUUAAUGGUCACAUGGCUGGCAGUCUCACUGGAACUGCACAGCGCUCUUCUAGCAGCAGUAAUCAGUACAUCCCUGCAGGAGCCACUACAGCUCCAGCUCUAGUUUCGAGGAACUCAUACGCUCCUGUUGCGCCUCUACUGACAGAUCUUUCCCAGCCAAAAGGUCCAACUGGAGUACCGUCCCCUUAUAUGUCGCCAUCAAUCUCAAACUUUCAAUCUAUGCCUGCAAGACCGGAAAUUUCAAAGGCGCAAAGUUUUUCUGACAAGGCGAAAGGAGGAUAUGCAUCACCUUAUGAUCUCCCGAUGGAUGUUGUGAAGCCUCGAAAGAGAGUAAGUACGCAACAAAUGAAUCGAACUCCCCAAACUCCUGCAGACAUGGCACCUCCAAGGAGUAGCAGUAUGUAUCACACGUUACCUCGUGGCCCUUCUUCAAGCCUACCACCCCCUACAAGUAGCCAUGCCCAGCAAAGCCAGCUACCCCCAGGAAUCGCUCAGCAACCCCAACCCCCUUUACCCCCGACUGUCAAGAAAACCCAAAGCGGGUUUUUCGAGGAAUUGCCCAUGUCCCGACCGAAGCCAACCUCAAGACAUACGAGCGGGCUUGCGUCCCCUGCCUUGGGUCCUUAUGGGCACCCAGGUGCUGUACCUCCAAUGGGCACAGGGCGAUCCCCGUAUGCUCCUCCGCCUACUCAGCAACCUCCGAAUCAACCACAGCCUGCCCAACAACACCUCGCACAACCUCCGCUACAGACACAAGGACUGGUUACUCCGGCAAGGGUCAGCCCCUACGCUCCUUUACCGGCUGGAAACGCACCCAUGCCAGCCAUUUCCUCGCGAUAUUCUCCGGCACCUCCACCACUACAGCACAGCCAAACAGCCCCGCCUCCAGCUGCUCCGUCGCGAUACUCACCUGCCCCUCCCGGUCAGAGAUCCGGAUCAUAUGCGUCAGUUCCUCCAGUCAGCGCUCAGCCUCCACAGCCAGUUCCUGUCCUUGCACACCAACCUCGGACUUCAAGUCCAUUGGCUCAUUUCGAACGAAAUCAUGAGGCACGAUCCCACAGCUCCUCUUCUGAGGCAGCAAAUUUGAGUAGAAGGACCAGUUACUCUGGUUAUGAGUCUAGUACAAGAUCUCAACAAUUGCCACCUACCAGGGAGGUCGAGGAGAGUAGUCAAUUCUCUCCAACAUCACAGAGGAAUUAUGGCGAGUUGCAGAACCAAUAUGGCCAGCAGGCGCAGCCUCCUGUGGCACGUCAGACAUCGACUCCUCCACCUCCUCAUGGACUUGCUUCCAGACUUGUAAGCUCCCCAUCAAAGCGAGCGACGUCCAACUAUCAGCCUCAGCCAGCUGGCCAUGGACCACCUCAACCGUUUUUGCCCCCUAAGAGAUCUCAAACUCAGUCUCCAGGUACUGGACUUGCUGGCCCAAGACCUGAAAUGACUGCUACUGCCCCAUAUCAACGUCCGGCUUCUGUCGAGGUACCACCCUCACCAAGAGCCAAUAACAGCUAUCAGUCGAUGUCGGCUGUGGCUUCAGCUGGACGCCCGAGAGAGUUUUCCGCGGGUCUUCCCUAUGUCACCCCCACAGAUGGUCGAGAGAACGAUCCGUUGCAGAGGUGGAGGGGUGCGCCUGUCUUCGCUUGGGGCGUUGGCGGUACCAUCAUCACCUCACUUCCUCAAGACAUUCCCCGAUAUGGCAUGAACGCCCAAGCUAUGAUCAUCCGUAGUCCGGGGACAGUUAAGAUUAGAAGCAUUAAGGAUAUCGAUCCUCUUCAAGAACGUCUCACUAGCUUCCCAGGGCCACUGAAGGGCAAGUCAAAGAAGAAGGAUGUCUUGGCGUGGCUGACUUCCGGCAUUGAUUUUCUGGAGCAAAAUGCAUCUUACCUGCGAACAGUGCAGACGCUUUCCCAUGAAGAUAAGCGUAUUGAGGAGCGGAUACUUCUCUGGAAGAUCCUCCGGGUUUUCAUUGAGCAUGAUGGCACACUGGAAGGCAACGCAGUUGUAGACAAGGCUGUUCGAUCUGUUUUGUCGCCAGGACUUGAUGAGCAAGGAACUUCUGCUCCGCUGUAUGCCACUGGCGCAGAGCUCUCUGGCAUUCAGCCGUCGAUAAACACAGCGACAAGAGCCGACCCUGUAGACCCUGCAGCCGUCGAUCAGCUGAGAAAGCACUUGCUACGCGGUGAUCGCGAGAAAGCUGUAUGGGAUGCUGUCGACAAACGGCUCUGGGCUCACGCUAUGCUCAUCUCGAACACGGUAUCAAAAGAUCUGUACAAGCGAGUUGCCCAAGAGUUUAUUCAGAAGGAAGUGAAGAUCAUCGGAGAUAAUGUCGAGCCGCUUGCAGCUUUGUACGAGAUCUUUGCAGGCAACUUUGAAGAGAGUAUUGAUGAGCUUGUACCGCCUUCUGCCCGAGCUGGCUUCCAGAUGGUCAGCACAUCAAAUGCUAUAGGACCUUCAAAAGAUGCUACGGAUGGUCUAGACAGAUGGCGAGAAACACUUGGACUUGUGCUGAGCAAUCGAAGCGCAGAUGAUAGCCAAGCGCUCAACGCUAUGGGCAAACUCCUCUCUGGUUAUGGUAGAGCAGAAGCAGCCCACAUUUGCUUCCUCUUUGCCCGAAACCUUUCCAUCUUUGGGGGUAUUGAUGAUCCUCAAGCAAGCAUCGUGCUUGUUGGAUCUGAUCAUCUGAGACAACCACAUGACUUUGAUCGAGAGUUGGAGCCAGUUCUGCUUAGCGAGGUUUUUGAAUACGGAACUUCGUUGUCAAGCAACUCGACCAUCGCAAUAUCUAGCCCUCAUCUUGCGAUAUACAAGCUACAACAUGCCAAAAUCCUUGCAGAGUAUGGUUUCAGAGACAAGGCCUUACAGUAUUGCGACGCCAUCACCGCCUCUAUCACCUCUCAGACCAGGAGAUCGCCAUAUUACCAUGCUUUCUUGGUAAGCGGAGUUGACGACUUGAGCAAACGCUUGAAGCAGUCGCCCAAGGACGAGACAUCUUCAUGGAUCUCCAAACCGAGCAUGGACAAAGCCAAGGGUUCCGUCUGGGCUACGUUCAACAAGUUUGUUGCAGGCGAUGAAGCCGAUGCCUCUGCGUCUGUAUCGAGUGCCACCAACGCACCAGACAUUGGGCCAUUUUCGAGAAUCGCAGGUGGCACGCCAAUCAUGAGCAGGGUUCCAUCAGUCGCUGAUAUGUAUGGCGCACAGAACAGCGGCAUUGGCAUUAAUGGUAGUGUUCCUGCGCCAACCACCAAAGCAAGUUCAAGAUAUGCACCUGGGCCUUCUUCUUACGGGAAUCACGAUAUGUCGUCUGGUCCAUCAUACGGCUCUCAGCCUCGAACAUCGCUGGAUGAAAGACCGUCGGGUGAAUUUCGUAGAUAUGAGCCUCAAAGAGAGAUGUACACGCCUGUCAGCCAGACUGUCAGUCGUCAGCCUAGCAACCAAGGUAAUAGCUACGCGCCCCAGAACUCUUCUAGCUACACGCCUUUUGGCAACUCUGGGUCCUCUUAUGAACCUUCACCUACCUUUGCCUCACAAACCCCGGUCACCGAACAGCCCCCUCCGAAUACCAACGGCCCACAUCAACCUUUGAGCUCCUUCGAUGGUCAGCAGCCCUCUCCAUACACUACAUCUAAACCUUCCUCUUUACAGCAACCCGCUUCGAGCUCUGAUUCUCCGGCUCUAAACAACUUUGAUCCGCCUUCCCGAGACUCUGAGCCGACCGCGUCAAAUGGCUAUGAAGCGCCUUCGUGGGAGCCUCAAGGUAGUGUUUAUGAACCUCCGUCGAGCGGCUAUGUUCCAUACGAGCCCAACGACGAGCCUGAUUCCCCAGUAGAGGCUAAGCCAAAGAAGAAGUCAUUCAUGGACGAUGAUGAAGAUGACAUACCAGGGCUCCAGGCAGUUCCUGCCUCUAGAGAAAAGACCAAGGCAGAGAAAGAUAGGGAAGCCGACGAGGCCUUCCGGAAGGCUGCUGAAGCAGAUGGUGAGCAACUCUUCUCCCCUAGUACUACUCACACUAACACCUCGCCAGCACAAAAAGACAAAGAAGCAGCACCGGUAAAGAGGGGCUGGGGUUUCGGCGGCGGCUGGUUCGGUGGCGGAGGCAAGAAAGAAUCCCAAGACAUGGGUGCAGCGCCCAACAAACCUAUCAAAGCAAAGCUCGGCGAAGCCUCAUCCUUCUACUAUGACCCCGAGCUCAAGCGCUGGAUCAAUAAGAAAGGCGGUGCUGAAGACAUGCAAGCCAGGAGCGCUACUCCACCACCUCCCAAAGCAGCAGGACCGCCCCGCACAGCAUCCGCACCCAUGCAACCUUCACAGGAUUCGACAAACCCAGCAGCUGGCCCUUCUACCAGCGCACCUCGCCCUAUGCCUAUCGGCGGCGCACCCCAAAUGCUGGCGCAGAGAGCCGUCAGCGAUUUCACACAUAUGGGCCUCCCACCCUCCCCGCAAAGCGACGACGGUGGCGGUAGCCUCAACGCAGCACCUCUCAUGAAUCGUUCGCAGUCUAACGGUAAUCUGAGAACUAGCAGGCCACCAAGUGCGCCGCCCAGUCGACCGGGCACGGGUAUGAGCAACGCGAGCAGCAUCGACGAUCUGCUCGGUCCGGCUAUGCCCCGGAAGGCGGGGGCGAAGGGAGCGAAGAAGAAGGGGCGCGGGUAUGUCGAUGUUAUGAGCGAUAAGGCUUCGUGA